CUGCCGUAGGCUUGCGUCAUACGUAAAUAUCGCGAGCGUUGCCGGCAGUCAGUAUUGCUAAUUUGUUUUUCAUAUCUAAAAUGGCAUUUACUUUGUAUUCUCUAAUCCAAGCAGCUAUCUUGUGCGUCAAUGCUGUGGCUGUAUUACACGAAGAAAGGUUUUUAAGUAAAAUUGGCUGGGGGGCAGAUCAAAGUGUGGGAGGAUUUGGUGAUGAACCAGGCGUCAAAGCACAGCUGAUGAAUCUCGUCCGCUCCGUAAGGACUGUGAUGAGAGUGCCACUAAUAGGGGUAAAUUCAGUCUGCAUCGUGCUGCUGCUUCUGUUUGGAUGAAAAAGAGUGGUCGAUCAAAGUGUUCUGCCGGAUGCCCAUGACCUCAGGAACCCCAGUGAAGAAACCUUUCCCGACAUCCCAUUCACUCGGAUUCGGAUCUCCUGUUUUUGAUUUAACUCGGUUAUUCUUAAAAUAACUAUACUUUCUUCCUGUAAAAAGUUAUUGGAGACAUUUUAAAUUUACAAGAUUAUAAUUGUAUUAGGACUCAAACUUAGAAUUUACUUACCAAAUGCACAAUGUUAAAUGUAAUUUUGUUGUUGGAAAAAGUCAAUAAAUUUUUUUAAAGACUUUCGCUUAUGUUACUGCUAUUUCACGAGUUCGUGUCGUUUGUCCCGGUUUGCUCACCGUAGAGGGGCGUGGUGUGGCAAGAGGAUUGACAUUGAAGUUGGAUUCUUGUGAUUGUUAAAAUGAAAAGAAAACUUUAAGGCCAUUUUUUAAACAAAUGUAACUAAAAUGAGGGGUUGCAUUAUCCUGUCGGCCUCUGCCUUUUCUGCAUGUUUCGUUUAUGUUUACAUUUACCGUUCUCACAGGUUGUUAAAAACGCACGCGCUAGCUAAUAAACUUCCCAGUUUGGUUUAUCUCUACACUAAGUACUGGAUGAGGGUUCUCACGCGGAAACCAGGGAUACUGCAAGAGACAGCCGUGACGGAGUUAGAGUACGCGGUGAAGAACUGCAGACCUAUUGACCUGCUUGACUUUCAAUCAGCCCUAACCUUGUUGUGGAUCUGAUGAUUCCAGUCUGAACAUACCGAAUGCAGGUGAUCAGCAACAACCAGGACUGGGUUAGCUGGAAAAGGCUGGAGAGGACAUUGUUCAGGAGGUUCUGCAGUGCUGCAGGUUACGGUUGGGAUUACCCCGAUGCGGAAUUCAGAGACAUCCCACUGUGCUUCCCAGAAUUCCUGUGUUCCAAACUUCUGCUGUUGUUGCUAACUGAUGAAAACUUCAGGCUCAGUCCGGCAGAAGCACAUAUUGGAAACAAAUGGGGACUCCUCCGGAUGCGUCAGAGCAUGCAGACGCUUCAGCCAGUCGAUGAGCUGAAGAAGGGUCCAUUCUCGCUGCAGGCCAGGGUUCUGGGGUAUCGGCAGACCCCUGCAGGGGUGGAGGUGGACAUCCGCCUGUCUGCCACCUCCCGUUCUGGAUCCACAGUGUGGGAAAGCGGGCUGACCUUUUUGUCUGAAAGCAGAGAUUUACCCAAGAGUAGAGACCAGAGCCAGCAGCAUCACGCAGGCCUGCUAGAUGAGCAAGCAUGCGGAAAUGAGAAGCAGGUGGAGCUCCAAGUUCCCCGGACAUCUGGCUUGCAGGGCUCAUGGUCCUUCUCUCGCUACUCCCUUCAGCAGCUGUUCUCUCUGGCAGCCAGCUUUCUCAGCCUCAGUUCAGGCACAGCUUCAAGUCUCUGGAUGCUGUCGGUCUGCUUGGCUGAAAUCGAAAAGCACAAAGGGGUAGAAGUCAUCACAUCUCCUGUCAGAGUCACUGCACACUUCAAGGAGACCCUUCUAGUGCCGGGAAAGGUAACCGUCCGGUUUUGGGAAAAAAACGAGAAUGGGGGUCGGUCUUCUGGAAAACAUCUCAGCUUCUGCAUGGAGCAACAUGGAGGCAGCUCACCCCACUUGAUCGGGUUGAUCUCAAGGCCUCAGUGCAGCUAGAAUGUCGUUUUUGUAUUUCUGUCACCACAAAGAGAUUCCAACAUUUUGUCUUAUUUCUUUUGUCCUCUUUAUAUUUUAACAACACAUUUCAAUACAAAAAUUGGUAACUUAGGACAUCAUUCUAGUAUUGAUUCAGACAUCUUUUACAGAAAGUGUUGUUUUUUUGUUUAAAAAGUAAAGUUUUCAGAAAUUAAAAAUGUGGUUUUUAUUUUUCAAACACCUGCCCACUUAAAAAAAGACACAAAAAAACCUGCAAAAUCCCAAAGAUUUAACACAUGGAGGAAGUGUUUUCCUCAUAAACUAUAACCUCCAUUUCUGCUACUGGAAACUUCUGAGUUAAUAUCAAUAAAACAGUCAUUUAUGGGUUUGAGGUUACCAACAAACAGGCAAAAAGAGUGAAAAAACCCUGACAUUUGGAUUUUAGUGUAUAGAUCAGCAGUAGUUCUCAGAUGCAGUAUAGACUAUGUUAAAGCCAAAAGCUUCAUAGACGCUAACCUCACAGCAAGUCGAGUUUCUUCAAUAAUUUAUGUCUCAAUACAACAUCUUUCUUGUAUGUGGAGGACUGCUCUUAUUCCUUUAUUUAUAGGAGAACAUCCAGUUCAUCACUGUAAGAAAAGUGGCUUUCAUGUGUCCCCACACCGCUUCCACACAAAAAAACGGAAAUUCUUAAACUCAGAGUGAGAGAUGAGUUCUGGUUCUGCAAGAAAACAGAUUACAAAUCUGCUUUUGUUGGAAAGAUAGGGUUUAGUUCUUCAGAACAGUAAAAAAAAGUGAUUUUAAAAUAGAAAAAUCCUUCUGUGACUGUCAGCAAUAUUUAAUGUCAACAGCAAUGAUAAGACUGUUACAUUAAAUGGUAUCUAACAGAAACAUGAAUGCUUUAAAUCUAUACUUGUUCAUAUAUAUUUUUUUAAAUAUAACUUGAUUUCUCUAUGUCUAAAGUUCUUUUGUUUUUUUAAUAACAUUUGCACUGUGUCUGGGAAUGCUUUUACACAUUCCCAUCAUUCUACAUUAUUCUGAUGUGAAACAACUUAAGUCCAGUAAAAGCCAGCAGAAGCGGCAUGGUGGGCGGUGUGAUUUCAGCUGGUGGAUAAUCCCUGCAGCUGUCAGCGGUUGUAGUUUGUGAGUGGAGGGGAGGAGCGGGGAGUCUUUUGUCUGAGGACGUCCAGACUGGAGGAGACGGGCUGCACAGGAGCGACGCUGUUGCUGGAUGAUCCCUGUUUCUGUGUAAUGAGACCUUUUUUUUACAGAGAGUUCAUCCGUGAAGGCCGCAGGUAAUGACCUCAUUUGAAACGUUCAAUUUAAGAGUAUUAUUGUAAAUAUGUUUCAUUUCCAUGUAUAUAUUUAUAAAUUGAGCAAAUGAUGCUUUUAAAUAAAAAUUGAAGGAUGGGACUUUUUUUUUCUAAAUAGAAAAUUGUUUCCUUUUUUUCAUUUAAGUUCUUUCUUCCUCAGUUAAAGCUGCAGAGACGAAGAGUGAUGAUGUGAUUCAAGUCACAUCCAUUUUUCAUUGGUUCUUGCUCUGUAACCAUUAAAGUUGAGCAUGUUUACCUAAGAAAAGCUAUUACACAUUUAUGGAGUCCUGAUUCUGUCUAGUCAGUGAAGUGAAACAGCAUCAUUCUCCUAAAGCUCCUUUACACAGUGAAGCACAAAACACACAGAUGCUGCAAUUGUUGUUUUUACAGGUUUUUAUGCAUUUUAUUUGGAGAAAAUAAGUUCUUUAUAUUCAAAAGUCUCCUCAGCCUUUUUACCUGAUGCGUAUGACAUUGAACUGGACUGAAGGCUUACAUUUACAAAACUGAAGUGUACGAAUAUUUCAAAAUUCUCUUUUAUUUUACUUCAAUUUUUCUUAAACUUCAUUUGAAAUUUGAAAAACUAGCAAAACCAAUUUAUUUAACUGCACAGCCAUGGCGAUUUUCCGUGACUAAACCAGGGCAGUUAAAUAAUAGACAAAACACAAAACAAUUAAGUUAUUAUCCACAUUCCACAAAUAUUCAAUUUUAAGGAUGAAACAGAUGUAGGAUAGUAGAUUUCAAGCAUGGAGGAGGAGUUAUCAUGGUUUUAAUAGGACCAGAGUUGACCCACAAAAAAAAACACAGAGUUUUAUCCAGAAGCUGAAGCUGAAGCUCUGCCAGAACUGCCUCCAGAAAAAAGGACAAGAUGGUGAAAAAAAUGGAGUGCCCAGCACAAACUCCAGACUUCUGGAGCUGCUUUCAGAUGAACUGAGGAAAAGGGUUCAAAGAACACAGCGUACAAGUUCAACUGCACAUUUACAGAAACAAGAACGUUUUUAAAGAAAGAUUCUGAAGAAAAGGUUGAUUUUCACUGAAAAGCAUUUUACAAAUGUUUUGAGCUGGGAAAUGUGCCAGUAGUAGCCAAUUUAGGUUUAGAAAACAUCUAGCUAAGUUAAUUUCAAGAUUAGUUUUUCUAGUGGUGCAGUGAGUCAUUAAACCAAACUUAACUUCAAUGAACAACAGUGUCAAACUGCCAACAUGUUAAAAUUGUUUUAGGAAAUUUUUAUAUUGAGAAGGAUUUAAGUUUCUGCCAAAUUCUUCUAAUCCUCAGUCAUUAAAAAACUGAAAGUCAGCGUGUGAAGACCUUUGGAGGCAUUUUUUUAGUUAGAGGGCAGAGAUUUAUGUUAACACAAAGUUAAUAUUUUAACAAAUGGAUCUUUACCUACCUAAACAGAAAUAAGCAGUUAUAGAAAACUGACCGAUUGAUGGUAUUUUCUAAGCGGAAAGCAUUGACGUCGGAAGUUCCUUGCACACCUGCAAGUUCACCACAAUGCUCUGAGAAAUACAACAAAAAAGAUGAACAAAACCACUUAUCCUAAACUUUUGUACCCCUUUAUUUGAUCUGGAAUGACAUUUGAGAGGUUGUUUAAAGUAAAAAUCUACAGAUCCAACCUUUCCCGUUCUUGCCUGUCUCUAGUGGCAGACUCAUCAUUUGAACUUUUAUAGUUUUUUUUUUUUACUUUCAGAAUUCUUGUUUUUAAAUCAACCCUAAUCCUUUAAAUCAGUUUUUUGAGAAAGAAGGUUUAGUCUUCUUUUUUCUCAAAGGCUCUUUUAGAUGAAAAUUUGCCUUUUUCAUCAAAGAUUUAAUCCUCAGGGAAUGCGAGUUAUUUUCUGCCUCUUUAAAAAUAGUCAUUUCGUGUAUCCAUUUACAGAAGCAGACAUGAAAUGACCGCUUGUUGUCAUGUUUGCUGUUCCAUUAUUGUUCCUAAAAAAGCCCCCUGCAACAACUAGAUCCGACCUAGUUUCUGUGUCUGUGAAGCACAUGCAUCACAGCCAUACUGGCUUUCAACGAUUUGGAGGAAAUAACCUUUUUAUUAAACAUUUUAUAAUACAAAUCAAGAGAAAUGCAAGGAAUAAUUAACUGAAUGAAGAAAAA